AUGAGCGAAGAAUCAGAGGGAUCUUCCUUGAACAGGAAGGAGGAGGACAAACAAUCCGGGGCACAGAUAAGCGAAUCCGAAGAAUUCUUUCAAACUCAGGAUGAACAAUACGACCUAUCCGCAACACAGAUAGACGAGCCACAAGUGUUCUCACAAAUCCAGGACGAGCCGUACGAUCCUUACGCCCAUCGAAAGCCAGCCAAACCAGUCUCCAACUUCAAAUCCCUGGCGACUUUGAUUAAAAGCGUGAUCGGGACCGGAUUGUUCGCGAUGCCGAACGCGUUCGCGAGCGUCGGUUUGGUGAUCGGAGUGGCCGGCACGAUUCUCAUUGGAUUGCUGAUCACUGGCUGCCUUCACAUUUUGCUCAAGAUCCAUCGCAAGAUGUGCAUCCGUUUGAGGAGGCCGAUUUUGAACUACGACGAGGUGGUGGUCGCCACGUUGACCACAGGCAACAAAAAGCCUUGGCUGUCCUCCCGAAUUGCGACAUGUCUGGUGGACAGCUCGAUAAUAAUGUGUUACAUAGGCGUAGGCGCCGUGUACGUUGUGUUCAUAUCCGGGAUCGUGCAAGAAUUCUACGAUUUCGAGGGGAUAGAUCACAAAUACAUAGUGUUGAUACUGUUCCCAUUCUUCUUCGUGAUGAACAUGAUGAAAUAUUUAAACGACAUAGCGAUCAUCUCAAUCAUUGGAAACUUGUUCCUGUUCGUCGCUGCUGUGAUAGCCGUUGUGUACGCGUUGAAAGACGGGAUUGGCGGUGAAUGGGUUACAAUCAACCAGAACGUCGGCCUUUAUCCCAAAUUCGUUGGGACCGUGUUCUUCAGCAUAAGCUCCCCUGGAAUAAGCGACGAUAUUGGCACUGGUGAUGCAAGCCCUCUCCAUAUACUUCACGUACGGCCUACAAUGUUACAUGCCGAUAAUCAUUUUAUUGGAUCAGUACAUCAUGCCAGGAGACGAUGA